UCUGAAACAUGGGGAAUAAGAAACUUCUCCAUCCAAAUCCUGUUCUCCUCCUCCUAAUUCUCCUGGCUGCAGAUGCCUCCAUCUCUGGAAAACCACAAUAUAUGGUGUUGGUGCCCUCCCUGCUCCACUCUGGAACCCCUGAAAAAAUCUGCCUCCUUCUGACUCAACUGAAUGAGACAGUGACUGUAAAGGCUUCCUUGGAUACUAUUAGGGAAAACGGAAGUCUCUUCAUGAACAUGGUGGCAGAGAAGGAUUUAUUCCAAUGUGUCGCCUUCACUGUGCCCCAGUCUCCAUACCCUGAGGCGGUUAUGUUCCUCACUGUUGAAGUGGAAGGACCAACUCAUGGAUUCAGGAGUCGGAAAACGGUGUUGGUUAAAAGCAAAGACAGUCUGGUUUUUGUCCAGACAGACAAACCCAUCUAUAAGCCAGGGCAGACAGUGAAAGCUCGUGUUGUCUCAUUGGAUGAAAACUUUCGCCCCCUAAAUGAGUUGUUUCCACUAAUAUUCAUUCAGGACCCCAAAGGAAACCGCGUCAUGCAGUGGCAGAAUCUCAAGUUAGAGCGUGGCCUCACACAGCUCUCCUUUCCCCUCUCGUCAGAGCCUCUUCUGGGCUCCUACUCAGUGGUGGUGCACAAGGAAUCAGGUGGAAGGAUGCACCACUCCUUCACUGUGGAGGAAUUUGUUCUCCCCAAAUUUGAAGUACAAGUGUCCAUGCCAAAGAAAAUCACUAUUCUAGAACAAGAGUUUACUGUGUCAGUGUGUGGCCGAUACACAUAUGGAAAGCCUGUCCCAGGAAACAUAACUAUGAGCAUUUGCAGAAAUUAUAAUAAUCCUUCCGCAUGCCUCAGUGAAGAGUCAAGGGCUUUCUGUAAGAAAUACAAUCAACAGCUAAACAGCCAAGGCUGCUUCAUUCAGCAAGUGAAAACCAAUGACUUCCAGCUAAGGAGGAAAGAAUAUGAAAUGCGACUCCGAGUGGAAGCCAAGAUCCGAGAGGAAGGGACAGGGGUGCAGUUGACUGGGACAGGAUUCAGUGAAAUCACAGCAACUAUAACCAAACUCUCCUUUGUGAAAGUGGAUUCAUAUGUUAGACCAGGAGUUCCCUUCUUUGGGCAGGUGCGCCUAGUGGAUGGGAAAAAUGUCCCUAUGCCACAUAAAAUGAUCACUAUCACAGCCUCUGAAGCUAACUACCACUCCAAUGCUACCACGGAUGAGAACGGCCUGGUACAGUUCUCCAUCAACACCACCAACAUGAUCGGCACCUCCUUGAAUAUCCAGGUCAAACACAAGGAUUCUACUAACUGUUAUGACUACCAGUGGCUAUUAGAAGCAAAUGAAGGUGCAUCCCACACUGCUAAUGCUGUAUUCUCCCUGAGCCGUAGCUUUGUCCAUCUUGAGCCACAGCUUGGGAAACUGCCAUGUCACCAAACUCAAACAUUCAAGGCACACUAUAUUCUAAAGGGACAGGAGCUGAAGGAGCUCGUCUUCUAUUAUGUGAUAAUGGCAAAGGGAGGCAUUGUGCAAUCUGGGACUUACGUGCUUUCUGUGGAGCAGGGAAAUACGAAAGGUCAUUUUUCAGUGUCAGUCCCUGUGGAGUCAGACUUAGCUCCUGUUGCUCGAGUUCUCAUCUAUGCCAUUUUACCUUCUGGGGAAAUAAUUGCGGAUUCUGCAAAAUAUAAUGUUGAAAAUUGUCUAGACAACAAGGUGAAUUUAAGUUUCAGUGAAGGACAAAGUCUUCCAGCCUCAAAAACACACCUCCGAGUCACAGCUUCUCCUCAGUCCCUCUGUGCCCUUCGAGCUGUGGACCAAAGUGUGCUGCUCCGGAAGCCAGAAGCCGUGCUCUCUGCAUCCUCUGUUUAUGCGCUGCUACCAGUAAAAGAUCUCACUGGUUUCCCUGGACUCCUGGGUCAACAGGAAGAAAACGACGGAGAGUGCGUCAGUCUUUACAACACCUAUAUUGAUGGAAUCCUGUAUUCCCCGGAACCCAACAUAAAUGAAAAAGAUAUGUACGGCUUCCUAAAGGAUAUGGGCUUAAAGGUAUUCACCAAUACAAAAAUUCAAAAACCCCAAUUAUGUGCGCAUGUGCAGAAGUUUGAAGUACCUACAAUGGCAUAUUCCUAUUCAGAAUCAUCUUCAUUCCGGAGCGGACCAAGAAGGGUACCUGCAGUAGGAAUAGCCGCAACUUAUUCAGAGCCUCCAAAAGAGACUGUACGAACGUAUUUCCCUGAGACAUGGAUUUGGGACUUGAAAGUGACAGACUCAUCAGGUGUGGCAGAAGUAGAAGUAACGGUCCCAGACACCAUCACAGAGUGGAAGGCAGGGGCCUUCUGCCUGUCCAAUGAUACGGGGCUUGGUCUUUCCCCCACCGCCUCCCUCCGAGCCUUCCAGCCCUUCUUUGUGGAGCUCACGAUGCCUUACUCUGUGAUCCGUGGUGAGGCUUUCACGCUCAAGGCUACUGUAUUGAACUACCUUCCAGACUGCAUCCGGAUCAGUGUGCACCUGGAAGCCUCUCCCAAAUUUCUAGCUGAACCUAAGGCUAAGGAACAGGAGUCUUACUGUGUCUGUGGGAAUGAGCGGCAAACUGUGUCCUGGGUUGUAACCCCGAAGUCGUUAGGAAAUGUGAAUUUCACUGUGAGCGCAGAAGCACUGGAGUCCUCGGAGCUCUGUGGGAAUGAAAAAACUGUAGUUCCUACAUAUGGAAAGAAAGACACAAUUAUCAAGCCCCUGUUGGUUGAACCUGAAGGAAUAGAGAAGGAAGAAACAUGGACCUCUCUGAUUCGUGUGUCAGAUACUACAGUGUCUGAAAAAUUACACCUGGAGUUGCCAUCAAAUGUGAUACAAGACUCUGCCAGAGCCACUGUCUCCAUUUUGGGAGACAUACUUGGCUCUGCCAUGCAAAACAUACAAAAUCUCCUCCAGAUGCCUUAUGGCUGUGGAGAACAGAAUAUGGUUCUGUUUGCUCCUAACAUCUAUGUUCUGGAUUACCUAAAUGAAACACAGCAGCUAACUCCAGACAUCAAAUCCAAAGCUAUCAGCUAUCUAAGCACUGGUUACCAAAGACAGUUAAACUACAAGCAUCGUGAUGGCUCUUACAGCACCUUUGGGGAGAACUAUAGAGGGGGCCAGGGCAAUACCUGGCUCACAGCCUUUGUAUUGAAGACUUUUUCCCAGGCUCGAAAAUAUAUCUUCAUUGAUGAAGCACACAUUACCCAAGCCCUCUCAUGGCUCUCCCAGAAGCAGAAGGACAAUGGCUGUUUCUGGAGCUCUGGGUCACUACUCAACAAUGCCAUAAAGGGAGGAGUAGAAGAUGAAAUCAGCCUCUCUGCUUACAUCACCAUUGCCCUUCUGGAGAUGUCACUUCCAGACACUCAUCCUGUUGUACGCAAUGCCCUGUUUUGCCUGGAAUCAGCCUGGAAGUCAGCAAAGGAAGGCACCCAUGGCAGCCAUGUGUACACUAAGGCACUACUGGCCUAUGCAUUUGCCCUGGCAGGGAACCAGGAAAGAAAGAAAGAGAUACUGAAAUCACUUGAGGACGAAGGUGUGAAAGAAGAUAAUUCUCUCCACUGGGCACGACCUCAGAAACCCAAGGUGUCAGAGGGAUUUCUGUUCAAAUCCCAGGCGCCCUCCGCUGAGGUGGAGAUGACAUCCUACGUGCUCCUUGCUUACCUCACGGCCCGGCCGGCCCCAACCCCAGAGGAUCUGACUUCUGCAACGGACAUUGUGAACUGGGUCACAAAGCAGCAAAAUUCUCAUGGCGGCUACUCCUCCACCCAGGACACAGUGGUAGCGCUCCACGCUUUGUCUAAAUAUGCAGCAGCUACUUUUACCAGGACUGAGAAAGCUGCACAGGUGACCAUCAAGUCUUCAGGCACAUUUUCCACCAACUUUGAAGUGAACCACAACAACCGCCUAUUGCUACAGCAGGUGUCAUUACCAACCGUGUCUGAUAGCUACACCAUUACAGUGACAGGGGAAGGCAAUGUCUACCUCCAAACAUCCUUGAAAUACAAUGUUCCCUCAGAGAAGGGCACAUUCCCAUUUGCUUUGGAGGCAGAGACUGUGCCUCAAGCCUGUGAUGGACCCAAAGCCCACACCAGCUUCCAGAUCUCACUGAACGUCAGUUACAUUGGGAGCCGUCCUGUCUCCAACAUGGCAAUUGUUGAUGUGAAGAUGGUGUCUGGCUUCAUCCCCCUGAAGCCAACAGUGAAAAACCUUGAAAAGUCUGAGCACAUAAGCCGAACUGAAGUCAGCAACAACCAUGUCUUGAUUUACCUGGAUAAGGUGUCAAAUCAGACACUGAGUUUGUCUUUCUUCGUUGUGCAAGACAUUGAAGUAAGAGAUUUGAAGCCAGCAAUAAUAAAAGUCUAUGAUUACUACGAGACAAAUGAGUUUGCAAUUGCUGAGUACCAUGCUCCUUGCAGCAAAGAUCCUGGGAAUGCUUGAGAGCUACACAGAUGAGAAAUUCUUUCUUUGCUGGAGUCCCUGUUCUUCGGACUUAACAGAAAAAAAUGAGUGAUUUCAUAAAUAAACAUUUUUCUUAUC